UUCCACGCCAACGUCUCAUUGGCGGAGCCCCCAAAUAAAUCCAGGGCUCCCGUAACGGCGACCCCCCCCGCGACGCCCCUGAGCAUGCGUCACUUGCACACAACUUGCGCCUCCGCCUGCUCGGCCCCGGAUAGCCCGCGCCAGGCACUCCGCGACGAGACGCUAGAAGGGGCCAGCCCGGCGGGGGCCAACAAGUGCGCGGGGCCCCAGUCGGGGCAGCGCGUGCGGCGGCCGCUCAACGCCUUCAUCAUCUGGACGAAGGAGGAGCGGCGGCGGCUGGCCCAGCUCAACCCGGAUUUGGAGAACACCGACCUCAGCAAGAUUCUCGGCAAGACGUGGAAGUCAAUGUCACUGUCGGAGAAGCGUCCGUACAUGCAGGAGGCGGAACGUCUGCGCGUGCAGCACACCAUCGACUACCCCGACUACAAGUACCGCCCCCGCCGCAGGAAGCAGCUGAAGAAGAGCCCCAAGACGCCCGCAGCCGAGCCCCCGCCGCCGCUGCGCCCCCCCGCCGCCUUGAACUUGACCUACGACCUGGCCUGCCUGCUCCACAACCAACAGCAUCAACUCCACGCCUCCUUCCCGACCGUUCAUCCCGCGCGGGGCUACCCGAUGAGUCCCUUUUUUCAGGAGCCCUUACAGGAUUCCUACCCGAGUGACCCUCACCUGCAUUUCGCGGGCCAGCAGCGGCACGAAGAGCAGGCCGAGUCCAGGUUCUUGACGGGGCCCUCCCUGGACGUCUACCUGGAGCGGGUGCAUCUGGACACGCUGUAUGAUCUGGACAGCAGCGAGUUCGAACAGUACCUGGGCCCGCAGGGUCCCGUCAGGCCCGACGCGGCCGAUCCCAGCUGCUACCGCAGACCACAACGCUAGCUAUCCUGAACAAAAAUACAACAUGUCAUGUUUAGUCACACACGUCCACAGGCACCGCACAGACAUGUUUGACAGAGGCAGCCGUCGCCAAAAAUUGUCACGGAAUCACACCCUUGAAACUGCUUCGUUAAAAAGAACCCAUCUUGGGUCUUUAGGACACACAAAAAAAAAGGUAUGAUUGAAUUUUCUGUUCACACCAUCAAGACAGUCAAUAAACCCAUUUCGUUUGUGUCCACAGCAAGGGGAAAAAUUCUCUGACACUCAACUAAAUGCUCAGGGGAAAUGAUGAUCGAGAACAUAUUUAAAUAUAUGUUUUUUUUUUAAUG